GUUUUGCUUCGGGUGGUAGUUUAAACUCUGGAGCUGAAGUUUGUACUUCCUGAUGGGGGACAGUAUGUAAUCAUAUCCGCCACCGGGAUGAUAUGAAUGGGUCAAGCAGACGAGGUUAACUCAAUACAUUUGGGUUAUUUCUGCUCCAUUUUGACACGUUCAUCUGUAGAGCUCUGGCAGGUAUCCACUUGCCUGUAUAUGUUCACAUGGGUAUUGGUCCAUAAUGUCAGUGUCUGGGGCAGAGUGUCGACUUUCCAGUGAGGACAGGCAAAAACGAGCUCCAAUAACCCUGUAACCCUUCGUGCUUAAGUGUCUACAGAAAAUGUCGGAGCUGCUCAUGUACUGAAAAGAUUGGUGUGAAGCUAAGUAUAGCAUCAAUAGCCGUAAAUCAGUAGAGAGAAUUGGCUCCCCUCUGUGACAAUGGAGGCAUUUCCUGCUGGGCUGGAUAGCAAUCCUGAUUUAGGUCCAGGUAACAGCCUCUUAAAAGCCAUAAUUGCUGAGCAGUAAAUGGGAAAACUUCUGAACAAUAUCCGAGCUACAAUUUCCUGUAAUGAAGGGAUUCUUUCUUUACAAGAUGCACUUAGGUUGAUAUUUAAAAACAAAGGGAAGUGUGCGUUAAUUGUUGUCUGUGGGCAAAAAGUUGGUUUGGUGUUCCCUCUACCAAUUAUCGCACUUUCAUUUAUAUACAUUAGGAAGAUAUGGUCCCUGUUCUUUGAAUAUAGAAUUAGAGGUGUGUAGCACCUUUUGGGUUUGUUUUUAAAACAAGUGUGUAGUGAUUGUGUGUCAUGAAAAGUUUGCAGGGAUUCAUGGGAGACUAGAGGAUGCAAUCCCUUUAAGAGCUCUGCUGUGACUGGUACUGUACAGACCACUCUAGACUCUACUGGAAGAGUCGGUGACUUUGGCCACAGACGUUGAGUUGGGGCUGAGUGUUAUUAUGAGAUGUUGCCUCUCAGUGCCUCCUUCGUGCAAAUCAAGUUUGAUGACAUCCACUUCUACGAGAACUGCGGCGGCGGCAGCUUCGGGAGUGUGUACCGAGCCAGGUGGAUCCCUCAGGACAAAGAGGUGGCGGUGAAAAAGCUGCUCAAGAUCGAAAAUGAGGCUGAAAUCCUCAGUGUACUAAGCCAUCGGAACAUCAUUCAGUUUUAUGGGGCGAUCCUUGAAGCACCCAACUAUGGAAUCGUCACUGAUUAUGCCAGUGGAGGGUCCCUGUAUGACUACCUGUCCAGUGCAGAGAGUGAGGAGAUGGACCAGGAACAGGUCAUGACUUGGGCCAUGGAGAUUGCCAAAGGCAUGCACUAUUUACACUCCGAGGCCCCGGUCAAGGUUAUCCACAGAGACCUGAAGUCCAGGAAUGUGGUUGUGACGGCAGACAGAGUUCUUAAGAUCUGUGAUUUUGGGGCGUCCCGGUUCCACUCCCACACCACACACAUGUCCCUGGUAGGCACGUUCCCCUGGAUGGCCCCGGAGGUCAUCCAGAGCCUGCCCGUGUCUGAGACCUGUGACACCUAUUCCUACGGCGUGGUUCUGUGGGAGAUGCUCACCCGGGAGAUUCCCUUUAAAGGCUUGGAGGGUUUACAAGUCGCCUGGCUGGUGGUGGAGAAGAGUGAGAGGUUAACCAUUCCCAGUAGCUGCCCAGACAGUUUCGCUGAGCUGAUGAGGAAGUGCUGGGUGACUGAUCCCAAGGAAAGACCCAUGUUCAAACUUAUCCUUACAACCUUGGAGACCAUGUCCAAUGACAGCAAGCUUCCAGCGCAGUGCAACUCCUUCCUACACAACAAGGCAGAAUGGAGCUGUGAGAUCGAGGCCACACUCGAGAGACUGAAGAAGUUGGAGAGGGAUCUGAGCACCAAAGAGCAGGAACUGAAGGAGAGAGAACGUCGCCUGAAGAUGUGGGAGCGCAAGCUCAUCGAGCAGUCCAACACCCCGCUCCUUCCCAACCUUCAUAUUCAUUCCUGGACAGAGGAACAUGUGUACUUUUGGAUGCAGCAGAUAUUUGGGGCGGAAGAGGGGGCAUAUGGCAUGCAGCUGUAUGGUGACCUGUUUAAGGAAAACCACAUCACUGGCAAGAGGCUGCUGCUGCUCACGGAAACAGACAUGCGAGACCUGGGGGUCAGGUCCAAAGGUCACAUCAUGCACCUCAAGAGUGAAAUUGAGAAGCUAACCAAUGACUACAUUGGGCUCUUCCACUUCCCUCCACUAAUGAAGGAUGCGUGGGCAGAGGAGGAGGAGGAGGAGGAGGAGAGGAAGAUUGUUCAUCUGGAGCUGGUGUUUGGGUACCACUGGAAAGCAGGAACAGGUCACUCGGACUGCAAAUGGAAAAUGUACAUGGAACUUGACGGAGAUGAAGUUGCAAUAACGUACAUCAAGGAUGUGACCUUUGAUGCCAACAGACAGGAUGUGGAUGUCCUGAAGAUGACCAAGCCCCCAUUUGUGAUGGACAAAUGGGUAGUUGGACUACGGGACAAUCAGGUUGUUGACUGCAUUGUUAAUUAUGAGAAUGAUGUGAGAUCACCAAGGUCUACCCGAUAUAGCCAUGCAGUGAUGUGGAACCCCACUGGUGGACGAGAUGAGAUCAAGACUGUGGAGCUGCUGAUAGAAACAACCCAGUUGAACAUAGAAGGGAACCCCAGAAGCAGAUCAGACUCAAAAGAUGUGGAUCCCAGAUGGAUGUACAAUCUGAGACAGAGGCAGCUGAAGAACCAGUCAGCAGCAGAGCAGCAUGGUGCCCGGACCCCCACCGGUGGCACAGAGACCUGCACCCUGUCUCAGUUCCUGUCUGCGUAUGGAGACCAGGCCUCUUCCUACGCUGCAGCAGUGCGGAGGUCUCCCAACCGCAGCUCCCCCUCUCCCUGGUGCUCCCGCAGCUCAUCCCCCACCACCGGCCUGUCCGCCAUGCUCUCCCCCCUCUACCUGGGGUCAAAGGGCAGCAGCCCCUCCAGCACCACCUCAGAGAGCGCAUUGGAGCGUGAACGCCCGCUCAGUGCUGGGGCAGUGCAAGGUUACCGCAGGCACAGCAGCUACUUUAAAAACUCAUUGACUGUGACAGGGGGCCACAACAGAGGUGCAUGGUCCAAUACAAGGGGAAACUUCACACAGAAUAAGUCUAGCAGAACCUCACAGCAAACAGGGAGGCCUCGGUCCCAUAGUUACAGUGUAGUAGCUCAGAACCGGCCCAGGGUGAUACCGGGCAUAUCACCAGCGGUGGAAAACCCCAGUACAGAGCAAGAGGGGGCUAAAGUCAGUGAGGGGGGAUGGAUCAAAGUGGAGCGCCAGAAAAGGUUACCGCGACAGGACAAUAAACAGGUCAGAGGAAGACCGAGGAGAGGGGGUAGAGGUGGCUGUAGUGUUCGAAGCUGAGGAUCAUUUGCUGUUUCAAACUGUUUACAUGUCUGAAUAGACUGGACAGCAGGUUUACUUUGAAAAUGAUCCUUCACACUACUUCAAAAAUAUACAUUUUUAAACGUUCUCUCGAGGGAUCUUUUUAGGAGUCGUUUGAGCUUGUGAGAAUUGUGAUUUAGGGAAUGCACACAAUUCAGUCUUUUAGGGCUGAAUUCUGAAUUGUACAGUAUGCACUCAAAUAUCUUUUAUAUUUAACAUGUAAGCCUACAUAUAAUGUGUAGUUGUAUAUGUGAACUGUUUUAUAUAAGGCUAUUGUAAAUUGUAUUGACUACAUUGUUGUAAUAUUUCUAUUUAUGAGAGGUAAUUGUGCCUUUUAUUACAAUAUAGAAAAGUUAAUGUACGUAAUAUAUGUUUUAUAUAGGUUUGAACUAUAUGUAGAGAUUUAAAAAAAGAAACAUAUAUGAAGUUCAUUCGCUUCUCUUAUUAUCCAAGAACACGACCACCACACCUGGUGGCAAGGACGCGGGAGUUUUUCUAUAAACCCGCCCCUUUAUGCACAGUUCUACGCUAUGAUUUCGCGCCAGGGCGUAGUACUUGAAAGGUUACACGUUGGUGGAUCAGUAUAUGACAUAAUAUUUUCAAAUAUUUGUAAAAUAAAAAUGUGUUGAAGAGCCGUAUUUAAAUAUAUAUAUGUUUGCUAAUUUGUUGUCGCAGAUUUGUGUGUUCUAUUUUCCUUUUAGCUCGUAUUAAAAAAAAAAAAGUUUAUAUACCUUUUAGGACAUUUUCCUGCGCGGGAAAUUUCUCUGCCCCAUCUGCAAGUCUGGAGGUGUUUCUCUGCAUUCAUUAAAGGACUGAAGAAGCGUGAA